AUGGGCAUUCCAGACAUUGAGAAGACACAUCCCCACCCUGUUACCAGCAUCACCGGCCAUGUCGACGCGGCACUCGAGUUCCUCCAGGCCGAAGGCACGACGGCAGCAGUGUCCACCAUCGACGAACGAAAACUCGUCCGCAAGAUCGACUGCAUGAUCAUGCCUCUGAUGUGGGCGUGCUAUAACCUGCAGUAUCUGGACAAGGUGUUGAUCAUUCUAUGGGGUGUAAUGACGACGCUCAACUGUACGGCCUCCACCUUCGGCGGGUUGAUGACGCUGCGGAUUCUGCUGGGCGUGUUUGAAAGCGCCAUUGCGCCUGCGUUGAUCCUGAUCACGUCGAUGUGGUACAAAAGACAUGAACAACCCAUCCGCAUGGCCGCCUGGUACAUCGGCACCGGCACCGCCUCUAUCAUGGGCGGUCUCGUCGCCUACGGCCUACUGUUCUACUCCGCCGACAAGUUCCGCUCGUGGCAGCUACUGUUUCUGAUCAUCGGGCUCGUCACGGUAGUCGUUGGCGUCGCCGUGAUUGUUUUCCUGCCCGACAACCCCAUGUCCUCCCGGCUCAGCCACGCCGAGAAGAUCUGCGCGAUUGAACGCCUGCGCGAGAACAAAACCGGCAUCGAGAACAAGCGCUUCAAGAAGGAGCAGUUUUACGAGGUGUUUACCGACCCGCAGACAUACCUCAUCGCCGUCGUCGUCGCUGCCAUGGACGUGCUCAACGCUGCUGGCAGCAGCUUCUCCGCUCUCAUCAUCCAGAGCUUCGGCUCCACGACCAAGCAGACCGAACUGCUCUCCAUCCCCGGCGGCGUCAUCAGCGUCGUUUCCAUCCUCAUCGGGAACUACAUCGCCGGGAGAACCAACCAGCGGUGUCUGGUGGCGAUCAUCAGCUUCGCCAUCGGCCUGGCGGGCAGUUGUCUGAUGACCUUUGUCAGCGGAAAAGCCAUCCGGCUGGCAGGGAACUACCUGAUGAGCUGUUCCGGGCCGGCGCUGCCACUGAUCUUCGAGAAUGCCCGGCGAGACCGCGCGCAGGAGGGUGUGCUUGUGCAGCACCAGGAGAAUUCCGAGUUUUUGGACCUGACGGAUCGGCAGAAUCGCGAGUUUAGGGUGAGCAGCGCCAGAAGUAUACGUACUAGUCGGCGGAUUCGUUAUUAA